UCGCACCAGCUAAGACUAUUGCAAGGGUCGCUUCUUCGGCUCCUCCUUCGCUGUUCGAUUUCGCUCCUUCGACGAUUCCUGUCGGAUCGGAAGUUAGGACAUUUUGAUCGGAAGCAACGAUGGGAGCUCGCUCGCUGUGAAGACUGACAAGGAUGGCAUCCCAAAUGCACCCUAAAUCGAUGUUUGAGAAAGCUUCCAAAUUGGCUGACAUGUGGAUGGAUGGAGCGAGCGAAUCAGCAACUGACCAAAGCGUACCGGAAUUUGUCGGUCGCAUUGGAAGGGUUGGUUUAGGAAUCAAAAUCAUGCCAAAUGACAGAACAGCAUCUUCUGCAGAUCCAGUCGCCAAGAAAUUACAGGGGAAACUAAAUGCUGUGAAGAAGAAAUCUGCAAAAAAUUAUGAAAAAGAAAACCCUGCCGACGAAAAUGGACUUGGUGAUAGCGAGGAUGAUGAUGAACCAGAGAGCAGAAUCAAAGCUUUGGCUAAAAAAAGAUCACAUCCUGCAGCUCCGCCACAACAAUACACCAAGAAAAUUAGAUGA